GCUCCUCUCGAAUCUUUGCUUUUGCAACGCCCCUCUUGCACUCACUCCCCCCGUGCUCUCUUCGCCGAAACAUCCCACCAAUCCCCCGCCUCUGCUUCCUGUCGCCGCUCGCUCUGCUCCCCGCCCGAUGGAGUUCUCCCGCCGCGGCCCAGCCACCGACGACCCUCCGCCGCACGGGGAGGCAAUGCUGGUGAUGAGGGACGCCCUGCUGUGGCAGCUCCAGAAGGACCGCCUUCGCCAGGAGAUCAUCGUGGCCGAGCUGGCCAAGAUAGAGUGCGCCACGGCCCUGCGCGCUGUGUCCGGUCACCACGGCACGCCAAUGCCCCGGGACAGCAUGCCGCAGCACAGAGGGCCCGUCUUCGGCUGGGAACACUACGCCGACGUGGGUGAGGAAAAUGAUGUGAAGCUACCAAGCAACUAUGGAAGGCAGAGUGCAGAGUCCAGAUUUUGGAACCCCGCCGUGGAAGAUCGCGCAGAAAAAUGCUGCAGCCCGUGCAAAUGCAGGGUUAAUUCGGGUGAACAUAACUCGGCAUUUGAUGAACAGAAACCGCGAGAUUCCAGUGAGAAUGUUCCUCCAGAUAAAGCGUCGCCUGCGGAGAAGUGGGAACUGACAGGAAUAACCAUACCAGUUAAGAAGCCGAAGCCACCCAUGAGCCCCAGAAAAAGAAAGAAGCCACCCACAAGAUGGAUUUGCCCGGUGUGCCAGGUACAAGUAAACUCUGCGCAGAAGCAUUGUGCUGGGAAGAAGCACCAGUCAAAUAUAGCAACAUUGGAAUCAAACAUUAAGGCCAUCGGUUAUCAGAAGAUUCAGAAGCCACCUUUAGCAGGUUGCAGCAUUUGUCAAGUUAUGUGUGGCAGCGAAUCAAAUCUUGAGAUCCACCUGACGGGUAAAAGGCACUUAAAGAAGAUUCAAGCUCUAUUCGAAGAAAGCAAUAACAAGGCAAUCAAUUCUGAGUCUCUAAAAGCAAACUUGAACCCAGACAGCGGGCCGCUACAUGUGGAGAAAAUGAACUGUGACUUAGACUCAGAGAACCACCUCAGAGAUGAAAGACACAAACUGAAUGUUCCAGAAAUUUCCAAAGAACAAACACCAUCCUCGGAAUGGGAUUGCACUAUGUGCCAGGCCAAAUGUGUCUCUAAAGCCCAUUUCGAGAAUCACUGCAUAAGCAGAAAGCAUCAACAGAGGACCCAGGUGAUACUCAGCGAAGGCGAUAUCACGAAAACGGGCAGGACCCAUGUGAUACUUAGCGAAGGCGAUGUCACGAAAAUGGGCAAUCUCCACAUGGAAGCAUCAUGCAAAGAAGGCAGUAACAACGAUAUGACAAAGAACAUUGCGUCACAGGAAGCAAAAUCGGAUGAGAGCAAUGUGCCAGAGCAUGCAGAGAAACCACCUUCAGCACAGAGUUGCAACAUUUGCCAAGGUAUCUGUAACUGUGCACCAGAUUUUGAUAUGCCACAACAUGUAGAGGAUAUUAGUUGCAAAUUAAACUGGGAGAGCUACCCCAGGCUCAGAGACCAGAGUCUCCAACUGAUGGAUGAUUGUGCCCUUCGUGAAAAAUUUAACCAAGAAAAAAGCAAUCCACCAGAAGUUUCCAAGGACCAAAUAUCAUCCUCAGAAUGGGACUGCGCUACAUGCCAGGCCAAAUGUAACUCUGCACCUCAAACCGAGCAUCACUGUAAAAGCGGAAAGCAUCAACAGAAGAUCGAUGUGACACUCCAUGAAGGCGAUAUUGCCGAGGUUAGCAGUCUCAGUGCAGCCCCAUGCAAAGAAGACAAUAACAGUCAUAUGGACGUUACGCCAUGGGAAGCAAAAUCGGAUGAGUGCAUUGUGUCGCAGCAUGUAGAGAAGCCACCUUCAGUAUGGAGUUGCAGCGAUUGCCAAGUUAUCUGUGCCCGCGAAUCAGAUUUUGAGGUCCACCUGAAGCGUGAAAGGCACUUGAUGAAGAUUGGAGCCCUGCUCGAAGUAAGUAAGAACAUGGCAAUUUCCGAGUCACAGAAAGCAAACCUGUACCCGGACAGUGUGCCGCAGCAUGCGGAGAAAAUGAAUUGUGAAUUAGACUUGGAGAACAACCUCAGAGAUGAGAGACACCAACUGAAUGUUCGCUCCCCUUGCAAAGAAAACAACCAAAUGAAAAACAAUCCUCCACAAAUUGUCAAGGACCAAGAACCACCCUCAGAAUGGGAUUGCGCUAUGUGUAAGGACAAAUGUAACUCUGAACCUCAGAUUGAGCAUCAUUGUGAAAGCAGAAGGCAUCAACAGAAGACCGAUGUGACGCUCCGUGAAUGCGAUAUUGCGAUAGUGAACAGUCUCCACAUCACAGCCUUAUGCAAGGAAGGCGAUAACAACAGCACGGGCAUUACACCACAGGAAGCAAAAUCAGACGAGAACAAUGUGCAGCAGCAUGCAGAGAAGCCACCUCCGGCAUGGGAUUGCAGCGAUUGUCUAGUUACGUUUAAUCGCGAAUCAGAUUUGAUGUUCCACCUGAACGGUAAAAGACACUUAAAGAAGUUUUGGGCCCUACUCGAAGAAAGCAAGAAUAAGGCAAUGAAUUCUGAGUCACAGACAGCAAACAUGAACCAGGACAGUGUGCCACAGCAUGCGGAGAAAACAAAUUGCGAACUGAACUGGGAGAGCUACCUCAGACUCAGAGACGAGAAACACCAACUCAAUGUUCAGGCCUGUGAAGCAAUCAACAAAGAUAAAAACAGUCCAGCAAAAAAGGACCAAAUACCGUCCUCGGAAUGGGACUGCGCUAUGUGCCAGGCCAAAUGUAACUCUAAAGCUCAACUUGAGCAUCACUGCACAAGCAGAAAGCAUUGGCAGAAGACCCAGGUUGUACUUGGCGAAGGUGAUAUUGCAAAUGUAAGCAGUCUUUGCCUCGAAGCCCCAUGCAAAGAAGUCAGUAACAACGAUAUGGCGAAGAACAUUGUGUCACAGGAAGCAAAGUUGCAUGAGAAAAAUGUGCUAAAGCAUGCAGAGAAGCCACCUUUAGUAGGUUGCAGCAUUUGCCAAGUUAUCUGUGGCCGCGAAUCAGAUCUAGAGAUCCACCUGAAGGGUAAAAGGCACUUGAAGAUUCGAACUCUUUUCGAAGAAAGCAAUAAGGCUAUCAAUUCUGAGUCUCUGAAAGCAAACUUGAACUCGGACAGCGGGCCGCUACAUGUGGAGAAAAUGAACUGUGACUUAGACUCAGAACCACCUCAGAGAUGAAAGACACAAACUGAAUGUUUGGACCCUUUGCG